AUGCCGGCUGCACUCGCUGUGGCCUUUGCUGCAGCACUCCAAGAGCUCAGCUAUGCUAAGUUCCCAGCAGGUGGCUCCAUUGCCUUAAGUGUCAUCGUUAUGCCAGAGGCCAGCAAGCUGGGCUGGAGCUUCCUCUUACAGCCUGGUCUGCUAAGUACAUGCCUCCUUGUGAUUUAUGGCACCCUGCUGAACAACUUGCAAGAAACCAGGCUGUAUCCUCGCCACUGGCCUUGGCAGCGCGCUGACGGACCAGUCCUGUUGCCCCAUUCCGAACAUCGAGGACAUUCAGAAAGAGAUUUGUGCAGGCAGUGGUCUGAUGCUGAGAGAAGACCUUUCAGCACCACAUCUAACACCCAAGUUGGUAUGCUGAUGGUUGCUUCGCAGAUGGCUUUCAUUAUCUUCCUGUUGUUGGCCGAGUUUGAUCGAGAAGACGUGGAUUCGAAGACCAGGUUCGACCAUGUUGCUGGGCUUUCCAUGCUGACGCUUGUUGGUCUUGGCCUGAUGAGGGCCUUCCUGAAAGCGUAUGGCCUUGGAGCUCUGGGCUUCUGCAUCCUGAUUACAUGCCUUGCCAUACAAUGGUCGAUAAUGCUGGAAAGCAUCCUCCUUCAGAGGGUUCCGAGAAUUGGCUUGGAUUCCCUUGUGUCAGGAUACUUGGCUGCCGCGACCACGCUUGUGUCCUUUGGAGCUUUGAUUGGGAAGGUGAGUCUGCGGCAAAUCCUCAUUGCUUUGCUCAUUGAGUUACCAUGCUAUCGUCUUCACAGAGCUUUGAUGCAGACGAACUCCCACCUCCUGCAUGUGCGUGACGGUGGCUUGGAGAUUCAUCUCUUCGGAGCUUUCUUCGGGUACUCAGCAGCACGUGUCCUCGGCCCCUGUGAGAUGGACUGGUUGAACCAGAGCAGCUACGUGCUGGAUUUGCUGUCGUUGGUGGGCACGCUGUGUUUCUGGGUGUGCUUCCCGAGCAUUGAUUCUUUGGGAGCUCAAACGCAGCAUGCCCAUAUCACCAUGGUUUUGGCAUUGCUCGGCUCCACCGUUGCAGCUUUUGCCAUAGAUUCGUUCUGCCAUUCGGGGAAGCUGGAAGUUGCAAGCAUCCGUGCUGCUGUUCUUGCUGGAGGCAUUGCAACCACGGCAGUGGCAGAUGUCAUCGAGCCUGGGCUCGCACUGAUGGUGGGCUGUGCAAGUGGAACGGCAUCUGUGCUUGGGCUUCGAUUCUUAUCCAACACUUCUGUGGACACUUGCGGUGUUCUUUCCGCACAUGGCAUUCCCGCGUUCCUUUAUGCUGGGGUACCAAUGCUGCAAAUUGGCAGCGGCCCUCGUAGUCCAGCUUUCGAGCUUUGCAGCUGUUUGCUGACCGCUCUGCUGUCCGGCACUUGCUGUGGUUAUUUGUUGCGGCGCGUGCGAACCUCUGAAAGCCAGGAGCAUGCUUUUUCGGAUGAGACCAGCUGGGUGUGUGCCAAGGACGUGCCACGUGGAUCGGUGAAUUUGUGA